UCUCACACACAGACGAAAGGAAACGAAACUGAAUCCUAUCAGCGUUUGUUGAAAAAUGGCAGAAGCUAGUGACGCAGUGGAUCAGAACCAGUUCUGCUGUCCAAUCUGUCUGGAUCUACUGAAGGAUCCAGUGGCUAUUCCCUGUCGACAUAGUUACUGUAUGAGCUGCAUUAAGAGCUGCUGGGAUCAGGAGGAUCAUGCUGGAGUUUACAGCUGCCCCCAGUGCAGACAGACCUUCGUACCCAGACCUGUUCUGGGCAGAAACAUCAUACUGGCUGAAGUGGUGAAGAAACUGAAGAAGACUGGAUUACAAGCUGAUACUCCUGUUGACCAUUAUGCUGGACCUGGAGAUGUGGAGUGUGACGUCUGUACUGGAAGAAAACACAAAGCUGUCAAGUCCUGCCUGGUGUGUCUGGCCUCCUACUGUGAAACUGACCUGCAACUUCACAAUAAACUCCACCAUGCAAAACAACACAAGGUGAUUGAUGCCAUCAGCUGUUUGCAAGACAAGGUCUGUUCCCACCAUGACAAACCCCUGGAGGUCUACUGCCGUACCGACCAGCAGUGUAUCUGUUAUCUCUGUACGAUGGAUGAACACAGAGGCCAUGAUACAGUCUCAGCCGCUGCAGGAUGGGCGGAGAAACAGAAACAAAUGGGUGAAACACAGAGGGAAUUUCAGCAGAGAAUUCAGAUGAGAGAGAAGGAGCUGCUGGAGCUGAGAGAGGCUGUGGGCUCAUUCACAAGCUCAGCACAGUCAACAGUGGAGGACAGCGAGAGGAUCUUCACUGAGAUGAUCCGCUCCAUUGAGAGAAGACGCUCUGAGGUGACACAGCUGAUCAGAGAUCAGGAGAUGGCUGCAGUGAGUCAGGCUGAAGGAGACAUGGAGAGACUGAAGCAGGAGAUUGAUGAACUGAAGAGGAGACACUCUGAGCUGGAGCAGCUUUCACACACAGAGGAUCACAUCCAUUUCCUCCAGAGGUGCCAGGGUCUUCCUGUCACCCCUGAUGCUUCAUUUGAACCCAGAAUCUCCAUCAGUCCAGACUGCUCUUUUGAGAAUGUGAAGAAGGUGGUUUCUGAACUGAAGGAUCAACUGGAGAAUGUUUGCAAAAAGAAAACGACAGAGAUCCAUAAUACAGUUAACAAAGACACUGUCGUACCGGUAUUAGUGCCCAGGACCAGAGCAGAAUUCUUACAAUAUUCCUGUCAGCUCACUCUGGACCCCAACACAGCAAACAAUAACCUCCAUCUGUCUGAGGGGAACAGAGUGGUGACAUGGAAGAGAGAGACACAGUUAAAUCAUGAUUACAAGAUGUUUAUUGGUCACCAGGGCAGGUCUGACACAAGCCAGCAAGUGCUGUGUAUAGAGGGUCUGACUGAGCGCUGCUACUGGGAGGUUGAGUGGAGCGGGAAUGGGGUCGGUAUAGGUGUCACAUAUAAAGGGAUCAGCAGGAAAGGGUGGGUUUAUGACAGCAGACUUGGAUACAAUGACAAGUCCUGGUGUUUGUCCUGCUCAACCUCCAGUUACUUAUUCCGGCAUAACAACAUGCAAACUUCAGUAUCUGGCCCCUCCCCCAGGAUAGGAGUGUACCUGGAUCACAAGGAAGGAACUCUGUCCUUCUACAGCGUCUCUGACACAAUGACCCUCCUGCAGAAGGUCCAGACCACGUUCACCAAGCCGCUCUAUCCUGGGUUUGAGCUUGAUGACAGUACUAUCAAACUGUGCUAAAUAGGUUAACUCAUCUCUUUAAAUUUGGGGUAUUUAACAUUUUGUGUAAAAAGUGGAAAUAAUGAAUAUGAAAAUAAACACAACUAUUAACUGCAAGCAGUGACUGAGGGUCCAAACGGUCAGAAUGUUGUUCAUGGCAUAGACACAGUAUAUUAGCACUGAUGGAAAAUGGAGCACUGACUCUCACUGGUGGCCAGUGUAUUAACAGUCAGACAGUAGUAAAUAUUGCUGUGACAAGUUGGUUGAAUUUGAGUCUAGAUAUAAUGGGUCAGGAGAUAUAGGACAGAUUGUAGAAACCUGCGUGUAGCACAUCCCCCCAAUUGAAUGUCUGGUUUGGGUCAGAUGGUCUGAGCAGUAGGUAGAAAUAGGCACCUUCCUACCUAAUGUGGUACAGUAGGUCUAGAUCUUACAGGCUAAGCUUUGUUUAUGCUGGCUGUGUAAACUUAGACUUUAUUGCAUGUUCAGAACAUUGAUUCAUAAUUUUGGUAGACUGUUCCCUCAUGUAUGGAAUAUUACAUCACUUGUGCUGUCACCACUGUUGUGAUUAUAACACUGUUGUGAUUAUGACAUAGUUCAUGAGUCCCAUCAGACAAUGAGACAAGCAUAAAUGUCUGUGUAACACAAAUAUAGUCUAUUUUAGUUUUCAAAUGUGCAUGUGGUUUCCAGUUUGCCUCUCAUCAGUAAUAAUAAAGUAUUAUUAUUAUCAAUGUUAAGCAUGAUGAGUACGCCUAGAAAACUGAGAAUAAUUUUCAACUAUGGCAGGUCCAGCAGGGAGUAAAAUCAUGCAUGUUUGACAAGUAUGUCAAUGUCGUGAACAACAUCUAAGAAAAAGACCCAUUGGAAUGUAAUGACAUUCGACAGUGGUGUGAAUCGCUGCAACUUAUAUUAUUAGCUUGCAAUAUGCAGUCAGUCUGUGGUGUUGUAGUUUGACUAUUUCCAUUAGCAAAAGCAGCCCUAUGUAUGCGUUACACUGUUUAUUUUGACAACGUAUUUUAAUUUAGUUUUAGUCUUAGUGCUUUGACGAAAAUGCAAAUUAGUUUUAGUUAUAUUUCAGUCAUCUGAUUUUUUUUUGUUUUAGUCUAGUUUUAGUCAACGAAAAUUACAGGAUAUUUAGUUGAUUAAAUCUAAAGUAGAUUCAGUCGAUUAAAUCUACAGUACAUGCAGUCAAAUGAAACUAACAGGUUUAGUCGUAGUCUAACAGAUGCAUGUACACAGGGGUGAGCACAGAUUAGUCAGCCUCUAUCUCAUCUAGAUUCCUCAAGCUAACAUCUGUAAAGCUGUCAUUAUAGCCAUUAGGUUUCAGCAUACAGUUUUUAAGGACUUUAAUUUAACUGCUGUAAUUUAACUGCUGUAAUGCGAAACAUUGCAAUUCUUUGAAACUCUAAAUUGGCUUUAUAUGAACUUUAUUCAUCAUCAAAUAAAAGCAUAAAUAAAACCAAAA